UGUAAGUUCACACGGAAAAGGUUGCCUAGCGACCAGUCAGUAUCAACAACAUAUAAGAAAUAUUAUUGAAUUCUCAGUCUAAAACUGUCUCCUCCGAGGUCCGCGCGUCCGACUGACUCACUCUCUCACGUCAGUAGGAAUUGAACUGGAUUGUCCUGUUCUUCGGUUAGGUCUGCGUUCAUUGGGUAUGAUAUCGACAUUCUGUUCGGGGUCGCGUUGACAUUUUAGAGACAGGUAUUCCACGACGGGUAAUCAGGUCGGAUAAAACUGACAUACCCGCGCUUCUGGUUAUUGAUUUUGACUCAAGCUCCGAGAUGGGAGGCGAAUAACAAAUGCAUCGCAUCUUCGGUUCUUACAUUUAACUGACAACGUCAGCCAAUCAGGGGCUUUGUUUUAUAGACAGGUGAGGGACGUGAAACAUCAAAGGAGCUAAAACCAGCUUCCGAUGACUGAGGACAUUGUGAAAUUGGCUGCUUUGCGACAGCAGAGGCGACCGAAAACAGGACGCUCAGGGGAGACAACUCUUUUCAACCCAAAGAAUUCAACAUCAACUGAAGAAACGACGGAAACAGACGAUCAACUGGGUGCGACUGCAGUAUCGUUGGAAUCUCCCAGGUCUCGUGGUACAAGACGACGUCUUAGUGGUGAAUCGGAUUUCGAUGACGUCAUUGGAUCAUACGAUAGCAAGAUUCCACUUCCCUUUGUCAACUGUAAGGUUUCGGACGUCGAUGUUAAAGCACUCCUCAGUACGUCGUCCAAACAAUCCCUCAUCAGUAGGGAGAUGUACAGCAAAAUGAGGAGUGUGGGUUCAGACAGCCGUCGGCAGCUACUUCGGGCUGUCCUUACGUUCGGGACUAAACAACUGGCGUUAAACUUGGAGGUGCAAGAUGACAUACCGGAUAUCGUGCUGGGGGUCGACUUUCUCUCUCAGUUCAAGUGCGAGUUGAACUUCAGGGACAGCGCGAUAAUAAUGGGACGGGACGAUGACGUCAAACUUCCGUUUCUACCGGAAACGGAAAUACCACUCAAGUUCAGAGUACACCGAAACGUGGCGGCAUCAUUUUGACAUGCUCUGUUUCCUCCCAAGUGUUAUGCAAUCAUGAGCUGGUGUCAGUUCUUGCUGAUUAUAUCUUGAAUAUUAAUAGAUGUUUGUUUGUUGUUAAACGCCGUACUCAGCAAUAUUCCCGCUCUAUGACGGCGGUGUAUAAAUAAUUGAGCCUGGACCAAGCAAUCUAGUGACUGACAUCAUGAACGUCGAUCUAUGCAAUUGGGAUAAGAUGACAUGGAUCAUCCAAGUCAGCGAGCCUAACCGUCCGAUCCCACAAGUCGCCUCUUACGAGAUGAAAUCUUAAUAAGAAAAUGUAAGUGUUUAAUUUUGGUCACUGUGCUGAGGAUGGACUGUUGGUGGGUGUCGUUAAAUGUUUGCUGUUUAAAUUAUUGAAUAUGUAUGUGUGAAUAUUGUUUAACGCCGCAGUUAGCAAUAUUCCAGCUAUAUCUCAGCGACCUGUGCAUUAUAAAGUUUAUACCGGCCAACGAGUGGUUGACAGCAUGACCAACAAUUCACGCUGCCAUGUACGAUGACACGGAAUCAGGCAGGUCACACACUGUAACCACCCUAUUCUCUCACGGAAGUUGGGUUGGGUUGGUUUGUUGUUUAACGCCGCAAUCAGCAAUAUUCCAGCUAUAUGACGGCGGUCUGUAAAA